AUGGUAGAAGUCCACAACGAAGCCUUCGCCAACGACGUCCUCAUCAAACUCAUGUACGGUCCCCCGGAGGAAGGCACCAUCCCCUUCGCGAAGGACCUGGAGCAGAUGAUCCGCGAGAACGCCAACAUGCGAUUCGUGAAAGCCGUCGACGGCGACUCGGGUCGCAUUGUCGGCUGGACUUGGUGGAUUAUCUACCCGGAUGGAGAGACCCAUAUCCUCCAAGUCUUGGUGGUUCAUACAGAAUAUCAGGGUCGAGGUAUCGGGACCAAGUUACUGAUCGCCGGGGUGGAAGAGGCCAAACGUCUUCGAUUGCCCUCGUGGUUGGAAUCUUCGUCAAAAGGAUAUACGGUUUACAAGAAGUGCGGGUUCCGUGAUAUUGGGGAGGAUCUAGAUAUGGACUUGACGAAGUAUGGUGCCACAGGGAGAGUGAAGACUCAUUAUGCCGCUGCUUUAAUGAAGAUACUCAAGUAG